AUUAAUGGUCGACUAGGGAAUGGUGAAUGGAGAAAUAUUGUUCAAGGUGAUUCAAAUUUUAAACCUUUAAAGAACAUUGGUUCAAAUAACUACAGCAAAGCUGAAAAACAUACCCGGGACAAUUUUGCAAACUAUUUUAUUUUAUCAGCUGGAGAAAUUCCCUGGUAA